UGCAGGUCAUCGAGUUCAUCGCGACCUACUCUACGUGUCGCUUACAGAAGAACCUGGAACCCCCACCCGGACGAAUAUUACACUAGCCACUUUUCAUCACCAUAGAUGAUCCAGUUGGUCUCUUAUGAGCCCUCUUUUGUCGACAGAUUCCGAAAUAUCGUUGGCUUCCAUUGUGGCAUUUUGUUAGGAAGUUUAUAUGAAAAUGAAGAACGACUAUUUUUACCCAUUGAGGUUUCGUCGCUGGAUUCCAACCAAUAUAACAAGAACGAACUACACAACAUAGAAGAUAUCCAGACCCAAUGGAUUUCUACUCAGUGUCGAAAUCUGAAGCGAAUGAUGCCUGGUGGUGUGCGUAUUUCGGGCAUCUGUUUUACAACCACAUUAUCCGAGUUUUAUUCUAAUCAGGCGCACAUUCGAAAGCUUUUACUGGAAUUGCCUAAAUGCGAUCCGGUAUUACUAGAGUUGUUUGGAUCAACAGAAAGAGAACUGGUUUUGCUACUCGUGGAUCCCGCCGCAAAGAAAUUUACAUGCAUGACGCUAGAUGCACGCUCGCCAACUGCCGUUUUUGUCCCCGUCCCUGCUAAGGAAAGACUUCUGUUGCAUUCCUAUAAAUCCUUCAAGACGCACAUAAGCAUUUCCGCUGAAACUAUUUUACCCGCGGAUAGAAAGAAAGAAGAGAUACUGUUGCAGUUGCAGAUGGCUGUGAAACCUUAUUUACAAGCUCUUCUGGCAGAUGCAAACCUCCUGAUCAACGGUGAGUUUCGCGAAGGCACUGAUAAAGUUCUGCCUGCUCAACCGGAAGUAACUUCAAGCAUUCCGACCAAAGCCCAGAGGCGCACUAAAAAGUUACCGAAGUCUUCUAAAAGUCGACCCAUGGGUUACGGUGGCGGCCAGGCCGUCACCGACACGGACACGGUUGGUGUGCACCAACAGCCGCUUGAAAAACGGCCAUCAGAGGGUUUAAGCGACGAUAAAAUAUCAUGGGCUGAUGUGGAGCUGACCGUCUUUGGCCCUCAGUUUCCGCGAUGGCAAAGAGCCAGUUCGUCAUCUUCGCUCGAAUCCGGUGCCAGUUCUGACACUGGAUACGCAGGUGGAACAGACACUGCGGAUUCCUUAUCCAAUAAUUCCGUUCCUAUCAAUCGUCUUGUAGUCGAUGGACGCAUACCGGGCAUUGCUUUUCUCCCUUCGAGUACUACCGUGGAAACACUAUUCGGAGCUCUUCGAGAUGACUUGAUUCGGAGUAUUUUGGCCCGUUUGGAAUUGCUGACCGACGAGUUGCAUAUUACGAGCGCUGAACUAGAAGUUCCGCGAAUGGUACUACCACAGCGCGUGCUGGUUCGUCUUCCAGCUUGUCCCACUUUGCCUUUGUCGGACUACAAAUUUCUCUCAGAAACCGCAAAGGAGGUUGUUGCUCGCCUACUUUACUUCUGCGUUCCUAUGGGCACUCGUGGUUAUGGUGACGAUAGUGGCAUUGUAACUACUCAUUCUUCAUCCACCGAAAGUUUUUUUUCUUUAUCUUCUCAGAAACACCUUUUCGGCAUUGAUCCGACUGCGUUCUCUCGAGAUGUGCUGGAUACCUCUUGCUUGGACACUUCGCUGGAAAUGAGUCCAGAAUUGAGUGGAGAAGACGAAUUGUCAGAGACGGAACUAUUGGAAAAUGUCACGCAGACCGUAAAUCCAGUGACACAAUUUAUGUCCUUUUCGAACCCGAAGUUUUGGAUUCUCAGCUCUGCAAUUUUGCUUUCCGCUAUCCUACUGUCUUACCUCCUACUUGGACAACAGAGUUAUGAAGCGGUCUGAUGUGCCAAGAAUCGAGGCCAACUUCUGUCUUGGUGCACCACCACAACUGCAGCUCAUUCGGAUGAUUGUGCACACUUCUGCCUUCUCGCUGCUCAUUUGAUCAGCGACCUGUGUGGUUUUAACUUUCAUCCGAGAGUCGUGUGUAACCAUUCCGUAUGUAUCCUCACAGUCUGUCUCCUGAGUUCUACCAGUCGGUUUCUUCCUUGUAGGUGUUGUAUGCCUCUGACUUCACUACUAAUGUGCAUCUUUACCUUUCACUCGUUCCAUCUUGUCAUUUCACCAGCUGAUUUCCUGUACAGACACAUUUUAGCCCUCGAUUGAUCGACCCUUAACUUCCUUAUUCUCAGACGCAUGGUUUCAGCCCCCACCGCUUCUGGUCUCAUUUUUGACGUUGCUUCGAAUUGGGUUGCGCGUCUGGCAUACUGUUUGGGAAAAUAAAUGGAUACAUGUACA